GAGUGAGUGAUUGCUCACUUUCGCAGGCCCCGCUCCAGCUUCACGAUCUGAGGAGGAGGAGGAGGAGGAGGAGGAGGAGGAGGAGGAGGAGGAGGAGGAGGAGGAGGAGGAGGAGGAGGAGGAGGAGGAGGAGGAGGAGGAGGAGGAGGAGGAGGAGGAGGAGGAGGAGGAGGGGGAGGAGGAGGAGGAGUGGGUGGGGGGGGAGGGGGGGAGGGGGGAGGACGAGCAGCAGCAAGCGCAGAGAGGAGACAGCAGACAGCUGUAGCAUUUGACGUGCAGUGCGUUGAAU